AUUUGAAUGGCCCAGUUAACGGUCACACUGUUUCAAGAUUUUUACAUUGGACGGACUCCUCGAUGUACAAAUAAAAUUUUAAAAUAAGUCGGGUGCAACGGCAAGUUAGAGAUUCUUUAGCCUGUAAAUUCGAAAAAUCUAAAAACUAUAGUGCAUCAAUCGUGUGUUUUGAAAGAGUGUGGAUAAGCGGAAAAGUGCAUUCGACAGAGUUGCAGGUUCCAUUUCCUUUCGAAAAGAGCAUCUUCCAGUGCUUGACAAACCAGUUAAAUCCAAGCCACUUUUAAGGAGUUUUUAAUAGAACAAAUUAAUCCGACAUGGGUCUCAACGGAUGUUGUUCGUGCGUCAAAUAUCUGAUGGUCCUUAUAAACAUUUUAUUCUGGCUCAUCGGCUUGACCAUAGUGAUCACCUCUGUUUGGAUGCUGACAGAUCCCACAUUCAUGCUGUCAAUGACACAAUCUUACAAUCAUUAUCAUAUAGCCCUCUACGUUUUCCUGGCAAUCGGCAUCCUGAUCACAUUGGGCGCAUUUUUUGGCUGUUGUGGCGUUUGUCGUGAGUCGCAAUUUCUGCUCGUUUCGUUCUUCUGUGUCAUACUAAUUGUGAUGGUGGCACAAAUUGCUGCCGGAGCCUGGGCAUUCCACAACAAAGACAAGCUAGAUGAUAUCGUGCGGGCGGCAGUCAAGUCUUCAGUUCAAGAGGAGUACGGCCAGUCAACCAUGAGUUCACGCACCGUCACCUUCGAUACGCUGCAAAAGAAUUUGAAAUGUUGCGGUGCCGAUGGACCGGGAGAUUGGGCCACAAGUCGUUUUAAUAAUGUGGAUCGAACAAAUAUUGUAGAAAUCGCUGUGUCUUCCAUGAAUGUUUUCUAUAACAUACCCGAGUCCUGCUGCAAGGACAAUCUUAAGGAUAACGAAUGUGAGCUGUCGCGCCGGCUGAAAUUCGGUGGUCCAUUGAACCAUGCCAUUUAUCAGCAGGGCUGCGUGGACAAACUGAUUGAGAUCAUUUACGAGAACUGGGUCACCAUUUUCGCCGUUACCGCUGCUGUCAUUCUGCUGGAGCUGCUGUCCCUGACUUUCGCCCUGAGCCUUUGCUGUGCGGUGAGGAAUCAGCACUACAAGGCCUGAGAGUUACAGAACUCCCAUAGGGAAAUCACGGACGAUGAGAAGUACUAACAAACCAAAUCGAAACGGAUGCAUAGCGAGCAUUAUUACUGAAGACGUGCGAAUGGGGAAAAACAUUUAGCAGCGAGGGCUAGCGAGAUAAUGUAUGGUGUUCCCUGGUCAAUACUUUAACCAAACAACUGACAACAGCAACAACACAAUUUUGUAGUACUUUUAACAACAAGACAAGCGAAAACAACACGAAACGCUGAGCAAUUGUAUUUGAGAUGUGGCAAUUUUUUGGAAUUGUGGAAUGUUUUGAAUGCACAAUCCACAGGAGUUACGGAAGCGACUUUAUAUGAACUUGAUAUGCCAGCAGAGCAAAAACAAAAUACACUUUUCUAACAAAAUAUUUCUACCACGAAAAACACAGACAGUAAACUCGAUAUAUAUGCGCGAUUAAAAUAAGCAGCUCCAUAAUACUUAGCAUAGCGAAAAAGUUUCGAAUUCAUAGAUACAUACUAUAUAUUUAAUAUAUAGAUCAAAUCAUAGGCACAAAAAUUAAUGUUAAAUGCCAAAACUAAAGAAAUAAUGUAAAAAAGAAAAGCAAUCAAAUUUCUUUUAAAUUUUAUUUCCCCCAUAAGACUUUUGAAUCAAUUACAAAUUAGGUUUUCCUGCUGCCAUUUACGUAUGCUAACACAAAGCCAAAUGAUAUAUGAAUGCAUAUAUACGUAUGUAACAUAUGAUAACAGCAUUCCACAAGAAUGAGAAUGAUUGACAGAUUUGUGUUCUGGUUAAAACGCAUUGCCAUCCAAAGACCCAGCCCAAAAUAUAUUUUCAAAUCAUUUUUUACCUUGUGCAAAAUGUGCUAAAUAUCGGAAACCACUCAAUUCGUAGAGCUUCGCGAAAUUGAAUGCCAAAUAUUUUAUGUAUUUACAAAAUUGUAAUUUUAUUUAUUAAUGUUUAAUUUAUUUGAGCAUAAGCCAUCAAGGAGCAAAAACAAAAUAUUAGGAAAUAAUAAGUAAGUUAUUGUCAUUCUAUUGAUAAACAGCAUUCUUUUAAUCUCCAAUCAUUAACUUGGCCAAUAUGUCUUUAAUCAAUCUUAAUCAACGGUUUUUUAAAAAACUUGUAAUGGAUAAGAUAUUUGAAAUGCACUGA